UACACACAGACACAUGUACAUACACACACAUACAUACACACAUGUAUACACACACAUGUACACACAUACAUACACAGAUACAUACACACAGACACAUGUACAUACAAACACACAUACACACACAGACACAUGCACACACACACCCCUAUAAAAAGUUGCAGUACUUCCUUACCUUUACUCACAGAGAUGGGUACUGCACUCUAGGGAGAGGAAGAGAGCACAGCACACACUCCUUCCUUUGCUUUCACUGCGCUCAGCUAUUGAGCAGUCUGAUGGCUUCCAAUGUGAGUGACAGAGCCGGCCUGAGCUCCGGGCCUGCUCAGCAAGAUGGCCCUGGGGGCAUACUCGCCCCCACCAUAAUUUCCACUCGCCAAUGUGAGCAGGCGAGUGCAAAUUUCAAGGCUUGCACUACAGUAUUG